GUCUCACAGUUGAGUGUUAAACAAUCAACAUGAAGUUCCUGAUCAUUCUUACCUUGGCCGUGGCCGCCUCUGCCUUCCCCGGCGAGCUGGUUCACCGCAACCGCGUCAUGCCCGUGAUGGAGGACAGCAUUGAGGGUCGCAUCACUGGUGGACAGUUUGCCAGCGUUGGCCAGUUCCCCUAUCAAGUGGGUCUAUCUCUGAAGGUAAGCGCCACCGGCUCUGCCUGGUGCGGUGGAUCUUUGAUUGGCAAGGAAUGGGUUCUAACUGCUGCUCACUGUACCGAUGGUGUUCUGUCCGUGACUGUCUACUUGGGUGCCACCAAGCGCACAUCCCCCGAGGUUAAGCACACCGUCGAUAAGGCCAAUAUCAUUAUCCACUCCGGCUGGAACAGCAAGAAUCUGAGGAACGAUAUCUCCCUGAUCAAGAUCCCCUCUGUUUCAUUUAGCAGCAAUAUUCAAACUGUGAAGAUUCCCGCUGUGGCCAGCUCCUACAGCACCUACGAAGGUGUGACUUGUGUCGCUUCAGGCUGGGGCAAGCAGAGCGACUCGGCUGCAGGCGUUGGCGCUAACUUGGCCUAUGUCGAUCUUGUUGUCAUUUCAAACACGAAGUGCGCUCAAACUUAUGGUACCUCCACUGUUACCGCCAGUAACGUUUGUGUUGCCACCCCCAAUGGCCAAUCCACCUGCAAUGGCGAUUCCGGCGGUCCAUUGGUCGAUAAGUCCAGCAAAGUCCAGAUUGGUCUGACUUCUUUCGGUGCCGCUGCCGGCUGCGAAAAGGGCUACCCAGCUGCCUUCACCCGCUUGACCUCAUAUUUGGAUUGGGUCAGCGCGCACACUGGCGUCAAAUAUUAAGCCACCCAAGGAACUUCUAAACUGCAAUAAUAAAAACGAAAAUUUCAUAAAAAAAAAUUA